AUGGCGCAUGGGCUCGAAAAAUUGAAUGGUAAUGUUCACGCGGCGCCUGCUGGGCGCAUAGAAGGAACUUCAAAAUCAUGUCAGGAAAAUCAACCAGUUUCAUCCUUACCUUGUGCUUGUCGACUCAGCAUUCUUGCCCCCAACAUGGCGUUGUAUGUACGGCCCAACUGCAAACGACGCAAGACAGGCGAACAUCUGCCCUGUAGCUUCACUGCUGUCCAACCCGAUCUCCGCCGCGGCGCAAGACAACCCGCUGCCCUGUGGCUUCACUACUGUCCACCUCGUUCUCCGCCGCGGCGCAAGUCAGGCAAGCCAGAACGCCUGCUUUGUAUCUUCACUGCUGUCCAUCUCAUUCUCGUGAUCCGUUCUACGCGAGAGAUUUCGCUGUUGACGUUCUUGCUCUUCACGGUCGGUCCAAGUCGUUGCUGGGGCGCGCGCCUCCGAUCGUCGCCUUCCAAAGGCUGGCUUCUAUGCGAAAAUGGCCUGCUAGUCAACCCGAAAUAG